AUGAGCUUCCCCUCGUCCAAGCACACGCAACAUCUCGCCGACACCCAGUCUUCGCAAGCCCAGCAGUCGACCUCACGCGCCUCGAGGCCAGCACGCCGCGGCCUUCCUCCCAUCUCGACCCAGCAUUCGUCUGCCGUCAACUCGCCUGCCACGCGCCAUAUUCUUAGUCGCGACUCGUCCACUUCAUCGACGCCCUCUGUACUGUCGCCCACCCAGCAGCAGCAGCAGCAGCAGCAGCGGUCCAUCUCGAGUGGGGUUGUCUCUACACCCACUUCAGCAACAAUCCCGCCAGCUCCCCAAUCCGCUGGUAGGAGAUUCGCGAGAUCUAACCAGCAGCCGCAGUCCGUCUCGGCCUCUCCAAUUUCGGCUCAAUCGUCGGGCGUGCCUUCUGGACAAUUGACCAGCUUGGUCGUUACUCAGCUGAACAUCCUGCUGAGUACACUCAAGAAGGACGAUAAGAAGUGGGAGACACAGGCCGAAAAGAUUCAGAAGUUGGUGGAUGCGCACGGAAUGGACGUGUCGACAACGUAUUUCCGGAGGCUGUUGCAGAGCAAUGCUCCUCUGAUCUUCUCAUCAAACCAAAAUGCACAGCGCUCAGCAAAUGAUAGCGGGAGCUACCCGCUGCUGGCCAACGAGAUGCAGAAGUUGACGCGCCUGCCGUCGCAAGCCGCAAAGAUUGCAGAUGCUCUCGACACCAACUCGGAUGGCGACCUCUUCAAAGAUUUCGACCUAUCGACCUUCAUGGACCACUUCAGACUAGACCCCACCGCAAAGGUCACUCUGGCGCUAGCCUGCAAGGUCGUCUCCAAGCAAGACAUCAAAACAAAGGCCGACGCCAUACUGAGCAACAAUUACUCGCCCUUUCUGGAAGCCAUUGCGAACCCCACCGCCGACGACAUCAGCUCUUCCUUCCUGUCCAGCAUUCUCUUCCGUCUCAUUCUCGACCCCCCGCGGCAAUGGAACAAGGAUGCUCAGGAUCACCUGCUCGGCAGCUUGCAGGAACGCUUCGUAAAGCUUCGCACAUACCCCUCGAGCGAAGUUAGCGCCUUCAUUGCCUUCAUGGACCUGAUUCCUACCAACACCGCCCUCGUCCGCCCUGUACAAAGGGAAGGGCCAAGGGCUACAUCCUCGAUUGACAGCUGCAAAGAAGUCCUGGCUAGAGUCGACCAGAUCUCGCCGCAACUCAUCGCUGUGGCACUGGCGUAUAUGCUCCUCUCUGAUGAGUCUUACGACAUCGGCGCUUUCGUUUCCGCCGUCCGCCAGCACUUCCAGGCUCAACACAUUGAUUGGUAUGCCGUUGUGAAAGCAUUUGACAUGGCUCUCAUGCGCAUCACCAAGUCGCAAUUCCUGGCACUCUACAAUGCUUUGCUUCCUAUCGCCCGCGAGACUGACACCUUCGACAUCCAGUGUCUGUGGGGCGGUGCCUGGACUUCGACCAACGCUCAGCUCUCCUUUGUUACCGCCUUCUUAUCUUGCUCGCCUCAGGAAUUGGACGCCUCUCAGAUCCCCCGUCUGCGUGCUGCCUUUUCUAUGGACGAGUUUGCAGAUGCUUCCGACGAAGUCAAAGCUUACGCGCAAAAGGCCGUCAGUCACCCCAUGGUGUCGCUGGAAGCUACAAAGUUCCUGUUCCAUGUCAUCUUCCAAUCACAGGACGCAUACAACCAGGCGCAGAAUCUCGGAAUCCCUGAGAUCGUCAUCAACGCAAACACAGACAUUUUCGUAUGUGCUGCCUCCGCUUGCGAGAAACCGUGGGCCGCCCUUCAGGAAAUGGCUCUCAAUCAGCUUUUCCGUCCCUUCUUCCACAAAUCGCUCCCGAACUACGACUUCGUUCUGCACGCGCUCUGGAAGCACGACAAAUCUUGGUUGGCUAGCAAACUGGUCGAAGCAUACAACGCCGAUCCGACCCUACUGGCUGUGAUCUUCGAGCACGCUCGUCAACAUGGUUGGACAGAUACUCUGCUUCUUAUCACUAACGAGUUUGGACUGGACCUCGCUGCAUACGGACACGGACAAGGAGAAGUUGAUCUGGAAGUCUGGGCUCAAGGUCAUCUUGAGAUAUCGCCUCAACAACUUGCUGGAGCUGUCGUCACCUUUCUCAGAAUAAAGGCCGAAGAUGAACAGUCAGUUCAACGCGACCAUCCGCAUCAAUAUGUCCCUCUGAAGGUCAAAACCGUCUACGCUCUACUCAACGUCAUUCAUGGACAUCUCAGUGACGAGGAGAUUGGCGCCAUCCAACGCGUCUGUCUCCAAGUUUACCCUCGUCUGAUCAACUAUGGCUACAAGUUCGACAAUGUGAUCGACGCAAAUGGCGAAAAUGGCAACUCUCUAUCCGAGGACGCUGAUGCUAAGAUGCAGGAGCAAUACAAGAUGAUGUACAGCAACGAGGUGGAUCCAAGAGGCAUGAUUGAGCGCCUUCAACAUCUUAAGGAGUCCGAAGACCCUGCCGACCAGGACCUAUUCGCUUGCAUGAUUCAUGGACUCUUUGACGAGUACAACUGCUUUGGCGAGUACCCACUCGAGGCCUUGGCUACGACCGCUGUACUGUUUGGUGGUAUCAUCAACUUCGGUGUACUCUCUUCCCGCGUUACCCUCGGUGUUGCUUUGUUCAUGGUUUUGGAUGCUGUUGCCGAAUACGCUCCAGAGGACUCCAUGUACAAGUUCGGUCUUCAAGCUUUGCUUCAUUUCAUCAAUCGCCUUGAAGAAUGGCCAAGCUUCUGUAAUCGCCUAAUUGCUAUUCCUCAUCUACGCGGAACAGACGUGUGGACUAAGGCUGAAGAGGUCGUGCGCCGCCAGCCUGGUCUUGACCUACGUAGUGGUGAUUUGCAGCCGGAGCUCUCACUUCCCAAUGGCAAUUUGGAAGAUUUUGUCCUCGAGUCACAGUAUCCUGCCUUCCGCAGUAUCCAUGCUGAGGCUCCGCUCAGACCUGGACUCUACGAAGAGCCCGACGAAGAAACUUCAGACAAGGUCAUGUUUGUCCUCAACAACGUUUCCAAGCACAAUAUCGAGGAGAAGUUCAAGGAUUUGGAAUCUGCUCUCGAGGAGCGUCACCACCAAUGGUUUGCCAACUACCUUGUCGAGGAUCUCGCCAAAGCGCAACCCAACUUCCAGAGUCUCUACCUGCAGAUAUUGACAAUGUUUGAUGAGAAGAUUCUGUAUGCAGAGGUAUUGCGGGAGACGUACAGCAGUGUGUCCAGAAUAUUGAACGCAGAAGCAACCAUGAACAGUUCUCAAGAUCGCACUAACCUGAAGAACCUUGCUACUUGGUUGGGCAUGCUUACUCUCGCUCGCGAUCAACCAAUCCUCCACCGCAAUCUCUCCUUCAAGGAUCUCCUGAUCGAAGCCCACCAGACCCAGCGUCUAAUCAUCGCCAUUCCAUUCACCUGCAAGGUUCUCUCUCAGGCCAAAGACUCGAAGGUAUUCAGACCUCCGCAGCCGUGGUUGAUGGAACUCAUCGGCUUCCUAGUUGAGCUUUACGAAUUUGCUGAACUCAAGUUGAAUCUGAAGUUUGAGAUCGAAGUCUUGUGCAAGGAUUUGGGUCUUGACCACAAGGUGGUCGAACCAGCUUCGAUCAUCCGAACCCUACCGCUUCAUCUGGAAGGCGAGCUUCUACAACAGUACCCGACUGACACUAUGGAUGGCUUUGGUGAUAUGCAUCUCAUGUCAUUAUCUAAAAGAGCUCCCAGCGAACGUUUCUCUUCCCAGGAUGUUCUCAAGUCUCUUCCCGAUCUCGGUGCUAUGCUGAACUACCCUCCAUCCUCUGGCAGUAUCUCUCAUGCCCAGCUCAAGAACAUCUUCCUCGAAGCUGCCCAGCGUGCCAUUACUGAGAUUAUUGCUCCGGUUGUGGAACGUUCGGUCACCAUUGCUGCCAUCUCGACAUCGCAGCUCGUUGAGAAAGAUUUCGCUAUGGAAUCGGACCCGGAGCGUCUCUCUUCGUGCGCUCACAACGUGGUCAAGGCACUUUCCGGAAGCCUUGCCCUCGUCACCUGCAAGGAGCCUCUGCGUAUGAGUAUCUCGAACAACAUCCGCAUACUCGCAGCUCAAAACUUGCGCGAGCCUCUUCCUGAGGGCUCCAUUCUUAUGUUCGUCAACGACAACCUCGACACUGUUUGCAAACUUGUUGAGGAUGCUGCCGAAUCUCAAUCCAUGGCAGAGAUUGAUGCACAGAUCCAAGAAUCUAUGGAGCGUCGCAAGAGACAUAUCGAGCAACGCCCAAGUGAGCCUUUCAAUUUCCCUGCGGUCAGCCGAUGGGCAUUCUUCAUCCCCGACCCAUACAGACAGGAGCCAGGUGGCCUGAACCCACAACAACUGGCCAUCUACGAGGAAUUUGGCCGUCAAAUGCGUCUACCUGCCGCUCCUCACGCCAAUGCAGUUUCCCAGGAUAACACCCGCCAGCUGCAAGAGCUCACCGACAACUACUUGACGAAUCUACCCACCCCAGCUGAAGCCCCAGCCAUUCCUCGACAAGGACAGCAGCAGCCUCGUGUUACCUCGGCUCAAGACCAGACCAAUGGUUACAUGAACACAAACGUCGUGAUAGCACACGUGUUUGAGGCUUUGACUGAGCUCCAGCGUGUUGCCCACGAGGCAUCCGAAGAGCACAUCAACGAAAUCGGCCCCAACUCGCCGGUCCGUGAGGCAUACGCACACUUGAUGCGCAUGAUUGAAAGCUCUCCCGACAAGGAGCACAUAGCUCUGCUGACCGUUCAGAGAGCCACGGCAUUUGCCUAUACUAAGAGUGAGACCCGUCUUGAGAUCGAAGUCUUUGUUGAAGUCUUGAACCACCUUUGUCUUAUUUCAGUCACGACGGCUCGAAACUUGACCAUCUAUCUGACAUCUAUCAACGAUGACAAGGUCUACAAUGGCCCUGUCACAGUGUGCUUGCUCAAGACGGGCCUGCUUGACAUCCAUCACGUCGAUCUGCAGACUUCGCAAGCGAUUAUGCAGAAGAAGAUAGUCGCUAUUGAGUUCCUUGGCGCUCUCAUUGAUGAGUUGCUGCUUAGCGAGCACCCAGCUGCUCUCCGUGCAGACUUUGUCCUCUCCUUUGGUGCACUUGGCCAGUGGCUUUCCGAGGAUUCCAGCGUGGAUCUGGGUAGGGACAUCAUCAAGAAACUCCAGGAUGUGUCCAACGGCGCACCUCCACCAAGUCCUCCUGCCUCUGAUAAGCAGGAUCAACUUGAAUAUGUGUUUGAGGAAUGGGUACGUCUACAAAGACCUGAAGUCCCUGAGCGCUACAUGGUGGCGUUCAUCCAACAACUGCAGAGUCGUAGUCUACUCAGCAACCAGGAAGAAUUCUCUGCAUUCCUUCGUGUCUGUAUUGAGAUGUCGCUCGACUCAUUCGAACGUGAGGCACUUACAUACGGUAGCCUCGACCAUGCCUAUGUCCACGUUGAUGCUCUUGCCAAGUUGAUCGCUUCACUCGUCGCAUACCAGAGUGAAGGUGAAGGCGUCCUCUCAAACAGCAAGACCGACUACCUCAAGGCAAUCCUUGGUUUGCUUGUUUUGGUCAUGAAUCACCACCAGACAUCGGGUACUGUUGAUCGCUUUAACGAUAGGAUCUUCUUUAGACUCAUGUCUAGUAUCUUGUGCGAACUCUCGUCGUUUAGAGCAACCCUGGGCGACGACUACCAGGACCUUAUUCUUGUCUUCGGCAAAGCCUUCCUGGCAUUGCAGCCUAGAUUCUUCCCCAUGUUUACCUUCUCCUGGCUGGCACUCAUCAGUCACCGUAUGUUCGUGCCUGAGGUCAUGAGAUCUGUGGACAGAAAGGGUUGGGACAUAUACCUUCAGAUUCUCCAAGUCUUGUUCAGCUUCCUCGGUGACUUGGUUAGCACUCAAGAAAUCUCGAUUCAUGCGGCAGAAUUUUACCGCGGCGUUUUACGAGUCCUUCUCAUCUUGCAGCACGACUUCCCAGAGUUCCUUACUGAGAACCACAUGCGCCUCAACAGCAGCGUGCCUGCUGGCUUGCUCCAGUUGCAGAACGUCAUCAACUGCGCAUACCCUUCUUCCUUCCAGGAGCUGCCUGACCCAUUCACACCAGGCCUCAAGAUGAACCGCCUGGAACAAGUUCGUCAACUGCCAGAACUUCGUGGUGGACUUGAGGACGUCUUGUCUGACGCGGGUAUCGAUACCGCUAUCGAGAACUUGCUCAACGGCAAGGAGAUCAAGGACGAUGACAUCAAGCUUGUCAUCAAUGGCAUUGACAAUGAAGGAAAGCCCGACGCUCUGAUCACCAACGCGUUGAUUUUGCAGAUUGGCAACACUGCGACCGCAGGGUCUUCAGUCUUCUCACCCUCAGCUACUCCUAGCAGGGUGAUUGAGCGUUUGCUGCACGAGUCGCGCCACGAAGUGCGAUAUCAACUCCUCAGCGCCAUGACCAAUCAGAUUCGUUACCCUAACGCACACACCCACUACUUCUCGACUGCAUUGCUUCAUACCUUUACAGUCAGCUCUGAGGAUCUUCAACAGCAGGUUGCCAGAGUCUUGGUCGAGCGGGUCAUGAGCUCCAGACCCCACCCUUGGGGAUUGCUUGUGACUGUCCUGGAACUUGUCAAGAACAACUCAUACAACAUCUGGGAACUUGGCUGGAUGAAGGCAGCACCGGAAGUCGAGAGAAUGAUGCUGAACGUCGCACACAGCUCUGGAAUGGCACAGAGUCCACGUGCUUGA